GGGGAAAAUUCCCAGAAGAAUCACAUGAGUUAAGCCUGGGUGCUUGCUGCUGCGAAAUCACGGAAAUAGAAUAGCGCUUGACGUCACGCCAGGGAAUCGGGUUAUUUCCCCGGAAAUUGAUUCUCAUUAGAUAUAAAUCAAGCGUGACCUCCCAUUCGCUUGCAUUUCAGGUCUUCGGUUCUUAGCGAAACAGAGCCAUCGAUCGAGCCAUCGGCAACAAGCUCUGUGAUUUUAAUCAUGUUGAGUUACAUCAACGCUUUUUUUGCACUGAUCCUGUUGUGUUCAAAGCUGGACAAUAUCGAUGGAGCAGCAGUGAAGUCUCGCGGACUCGGACCAGCGAAGCCAUGUUCGCCAGACAUCUGCAAGCUUCCCGAUUGCCGCUGUAGCGGAGUCGACAUCCCAGGGAAUCUACCGAAAGAGAAAGUCCCCCAGAUGGUCAUGCUGUCCUUCGACGACGCUGUGAAUGGGCAAGUCUAUGGCUUUUAUGAGACUCUGUUCGCGGAUGGCGAGCUGAAGAAUCCAAACGGAUGUAAUGCAACGGCGACCUUCUUCGUCUCGCAUGAGUACACCGAGUAUCAAAUGGUGCAAGCGCUGUACCACAACAGACAUGAUAUAGCAGAUCACACAAUCUCACACAGGACGCCGACUAGCUGGUGGAAGUCGGCGAACUACAGCCAGCUGACGGACGAAAUAGUGGGACAGAGAGAAAUUCUGCGGAAAUGGGGACAGGUUGAGGUAGAGGACGUGGUGGGAUUCCGGGUCCCCUUCCUACAGAUCGCUGGUAACACCAUGUAUCAAGUUCUUUACGAUAACAAGUUUCUAUACGACUCGUCCAUGCCUACUCAGAAAUUUAUGGAUCCGCCGAUGUGGCCGUACACCCUAGAAUAUCAAUCAACACAGGAAUGUGUUAUUCCACCAUGUCCGACCGAUUCAUUCCCAGGUCUCUGGGAGGUCCCUAUGAUUGAUUACAACGAUUCACGAGGUAUGCCGUGCAAUAUGAUUGACGGCUGUUAUCCGCCAACCAACGAACAGGAAGCGUAUGAUCUCCUGUCCAGCAAUUUUGAAAGACACUACACGUCCACCAGCAGGGCACCAUUUCCAAUGUUCAUGCACGCUGUUUGGUUUCAAAAAUACCCCUUCACUCUAACUGCGGUGAAGAAAUUCCUGCAGGACAUACUCUCUCGUGGAGAUGUGUGGAUGCUUGGCAUUAAACAUGUCAUCGAGUGGAUCAAAUCACCCACCAGCCUCGAUGAUAUCGAAAAUUUUGCACCGUGGAAAUGCAACUCCCCUCCCCCACCCCCUCCGUGUGAUACCCCAAACGUCUGUGGCUUCCCUGACGAUCCGCACUACCUGUACACCUGUACUCGUCCAUGUCCGAAGCAUUAUCCCUGGGUUGGAAACCCGGAUGGAAAUCUGGACAAUAUCGAUGGAGCAGCAGUGAAGUCUCGCGGACUCGGACCAGCGAAGCCAUGUUCGCCAGACAUCUGCAAGCUUCCCGAUUGCCGCUGUAGCGGAGUCGACAUCCCAGGGAAUCUACCGAAAGAGAAAGUCCCCCAGAUGGUCAUGCUGUCCUUCGACGACGCUGUGAAUGGGCAAGUCUAUGGCUUUUAUGAGACUCUGUUCGCGGAUGGCGAGCUGAAGAAUCCAAACGGAUGUAAUGCAACGGCGACCUUCUUCGUCUCGCAUGAGUACACCGAGUAUCAAAUGGUGCAAGCGCUGUACCACAACAGACAUGAUAUAGCAGAUCACACAAUCUCACACAGGACGCCGACUAGCUGGUGGAAGUCGGCGAACUACAGCCAGCUGACGGACGAAAUAGUGGGACAGAGAGAAAUUCUGCGGAAAUGGGGACAGGUUGAGGUAGAGGACGUGGUGGGAUUCCGGGUCCCCUUCCUACAGAUCGCUGGUAACACCAUGUAUCAAGUUCUUUACGAUAACAAGUUUCUAUACGACUCGUCCAUGCCUACUCAGAAAUUUAUGGAUCCGCCGAUGUGGCCGUACACCCUAGAAUAUCAAUCAACACAGGAAUGUGUUAUUCCACCAUGUCCGACCGAUUCAUUCCCAGGUCUCUGGGAGGUCCCUAUGAUUGAUUACAACGAUUCACGAGGUAUGCCGUGCAAUAUGAUUGACGGCUGUUAUCCGCCAACCAACGAACAGGAAGCGUAUGAUCUCCUGUCCAGCAAUUUUGAAAGACACUACACGUCCACCAGCAGGGCACCAUUUCCAAUGUUCAUGCACGCUGUUUGGUUUCAAAAAUACCCCUUCACUCUAACUGCGGUGAAGAAAUUCCUGCAGGACAUACUCUCUCGUGGAGAUGUGUGGAUGCUUGGCAUUAAACAUGUCAUCGAGUGGAUCAAAUCACCCACCAGCCUCGAUGAUAUCGAAAAUUUUGCACCGUGGAAAUGCAACUCCCCUCCCCCACCCCCUCCGUGUGAUACCCCAAACGUCUGUGGCUUCCCUGACGAUCCGCACUACCUGUACACCUGUACUCGUCCAUGUCCGAAGCAUUAUCCCUGGUACCAAUCGAACGGUUGGCCGCUAGCUAGCUCAGUGAUUUUAAUCAUGUUGAGGCAAAUUAAUUCCGUAUUUGCUUUGAUCCUGUUGUGUUUAAAGCUGGACAGUAUGUGUGAAGCAGCAGUGAACUUUCGUGCACUCGGACCAGCCAAGCCAUGUUCGCCAGACAUCUGCAAGCUUCCCGAUUGCCGCUGUAGUGGAGUCGACAUCCCUGGGAACCUACCUAGCGAGAAAGUCCCGCAGGUGGUCAUGCUGUCUUUUGAUGACGAUGUGGGCGAGCCAAACUAUAAAUAUUACGAGACUCUGUUCGCGGAUCGCGAGCUCAAGAAUCCAAACGGCUGUGACGCUACGGCGACCUUCUUCGUCUCGCAUGAGUACACUGAUUAUCAAAAGGUGCAAGCGCUGUACCACGACAGGCACGAUAUAGCAGAUCACACCAUCUCCCACAGGACGCCGACUACCUGGUGGAAAUCGGCGAACUACAGCCAGCUGACGGACGAAAUAGUGGGACAGAGGGAAAUUCUACGGAAAUGGGGACAGCUUGAGGCAGAAGACGUCGUAGGAUUCCGAGCCCCUUUCCUGCAGACCGCUGGUAACACCAUGUAUCAAGUUCUUUACGAUAACAAGUUUCUAUACGACUCCUCCAUGCCCACCCACGACUUUACGAAUCCUCCGAUGUGGCCGUACACUUUGGACUAUCGAUCAACACAGGAAUGUGUUAUUCCACCAUGUCCGACCGAUUCAUUCCCAGGACUCUGGGAGGUUCCCUUGGUUGAUUACAACGUUAACGAUUCACGAGGUUUUCCCUGCGAUAUGAUUGACGCCUGCUUGCCGCCGCCUACGGGUGGACCGGACGUGUAUCAUCUCCUGUCCAGGAAUUUUGAAAGACACUACACGACUAACAGGGCACCAUUUCCUAUGUUUAUGCACGCUAGUUGGUUUCAAGCAUAUCCGUUUGCUUUAACUGCCAUGAAAAAUUUCCUGCAGGACAUACUCUCGCGUGGAGAUGUGUGGAUGCUUGGCAUUAAACAUGCCAUCGAGUGGAUCAAAUCACCCACCAGCCUCGAUGAUAUCGAAGAUUUCGCUCCGUGGAAAUGCAACUCCCCUCCCCCACCCCCUCCGUGUGACACUCCAAACGUCUGUGGCUUCCCUAAUGACCCGCACUACCUGAGCACCUGUACUUCUCCAUGUCCAAAGCAUUAUCCCUGGGUUGGACACCCGGAUGGAAAUUAACGCGUUUUGAUAUCCCGGAUGGAUUGAUGGAUGCCCUUGACAGAGAUAAGAAUUAUCACGGCUUUCUUUUUUUGUUUAUUCGUCUAGUAAAUUUGUAAGCAAUGUGAUCAUUGUGCUGUAGGAACCAAAGGCCGAACUGAGCCGUGAAACGUGGCAUUUGUUUUCGAUUUAGCAUCGAUACGAUAAUUAAAUAAAUGAGUAAUAAUGGCCGGCGCUGGAAUCUCAAUUAUCAGUUACGAUUACUGUGCUUUCAGUUAAAAUCUCAACCAAUUGCUCUUGGAUCUACAUACAACGAUGACUGUUCGCCGUGAAACCUCAUGUUAUGAUAAUAUUGAAAAAAGUUGUUUGAAAUCGGUCUGGUUAUUAUGUACAACAGCCUUAAGGUUGUUUCUCAGAUCCAGAAUUUUAAAUUCAGGUAAUUAAGCACCUUAUUGCAGUUGACAAUGGAUUUGAAAUGAAGGAAUAAAACUCUCUCAUUAUUUGGAAUUUA